CGAUCUUCGAAUCAAGCGAAGAACAUCCUAUACGCGCACAAGGCACGACCAAAAGGUGAGGUGGAGGCUAUGCGAAGCGAGUUCACGACAGAACGGGCGAGCACGCUGGAGCUCGAGGGAGGGCGACUAGCUCACUCACACUUGAUUCGACGAACGCAUCCAUGCGAUCGAGCCCGCAUUGCCCUUAUGGACGACGUGAAACGCAUUCACAAUUUCCAGAGUCGCCUAAUUUGCAAGACCUGCGAUAAUCGAGCCAAGUUCUCGACCAUCAUCAUUCACCCAUCGCACUCGAGAUCUCUCCGGUAGGCUAGCCAAGUCCGGCAUCUGAUCGAUCAUUCUCACCGCGUACCUCUGUGGAGCAUUUCAUCGCCUCUCAUCUGCAACUUCAUUGCACCUUGGCUGCCACUUCUUCACGCCAUGUCAUCCUCGCCAAAGCUGCGCGUAGGUCUGCUCGGAGCGACUGGCACAGUUGGUCAACGCUUCAUCCUUCUCCUUUCCGGUCAUCCCAACUUCGAGAUCAGCGUCUUGGGAGCCUCUUCAUCCAGCGCGGGAAAGGCGUACAAAGAUGCAGUUGCGGGAAGAUGGAAGCAGGUAAAGGAGAUCCCGCGAGAGGUCAAAGAUGUCGUUGUUGGCGAUUGCAGCGUGGACAGGUUCAAGCAGUGCGAUGUCGUCUUUUCGGGACUGGACUCGGGCCCUGCUGCCGAGUACGAGCACGUGUUCAGAGCUGCGGAGCUGCGUGUCUUCUCCAACGCCAAGAAUUACAGGCAAGAUCCGCUUUGCCCCCUCAUCGUACCGCUCGUCAACCCCUCUCAUCUGGAAAUGGUGCGCACUCAGCAGGCCUCCCUCGGUCUUCAAAAGGGCUUCAUCGUGACGAACGCCAAUUGCAGCACCACCGGCUUGGUCAUUCCUCUGGCAGCCCUGGAACAAAAGUUUGGCCCGCUCGAACUGGUGAUUGCCAGCACGAUGCAGGCUAUUUCGGGAGCUGGCUAUCCCGGCGUGAGCGCAUUCGACGUGCACGAUAAUGUCGUUCCGUUCAUUUCGGGCGAGGAGGAGAAGAUGGAGCAAGAAGCGGCGAAAAUCUUGGGACACGUGCAAGGAGGUAGAUUCGUGAAUGCUGGCAUCAAGAUGUCAGCGCACUGCAAUAGGGUGCCGGUCAUCGAUGGACAUACAGAGACCGUAUCUGUGCGCUUCUUGAACAGACCACCACCUGACGCGGAGCAGGUCAAAGAAGCUCUGAGGCAAUACACCACCGAGGCGCAGCAGCUCAAGUGCCAUUCUGCGCCGGAAAGGGCAAUCAUUGUGCACGAGGAGCCGGACAGACCUCAGCCUAGGUUGGACAGGGACGCUCAGAAUGGCGCGGGCGUCAAUGUCGGCAGGAUUCGUCAGUGUCCAGUCUUUGACAUCAAGUUUGUCGUCCUCUCAAACAACGUCAUGAUUGGAGCAGCGACAUCAAGCGUCAUCAAUGCCGAGAUUGCAUUGGCGAAGGGCUACUUGUCAUGAGAAGAAAAAGGGCACGAGAAGAAAGGAUGCAGGAUUGACCAAUCUUUCUGCGAAGGGGGUUCUCGCGAAUGAAGGCGGGAAUACAUGGCCUUAGAAUUAACGAUGCGCUGACUUGGCGAAAGGCGCCUGGCACGAGAUCGACAUUUUGGCACAUCAUCGUGUGUGACAAUGUGAAUGAGAAGCAAAGGUUUUCUCGGGGCGUUUUGGCCGUUAUUCGUGAUUGCAUGCAGUCACGACGAGUCACAGCAUAUGCAGCAGCAGCAGCAGUGAUCGAUCGAGCGCUCGAUCGCAGCUAUAAGGGCGCGUCGCGUGACGCCGAACACCGCCGCGCGGCGGAAGGCAACAUAUGUGCGUCCCUCAUCG